CGGAAAGGUAAAAACARUCAACGACAGUUGUGARGUGGCGCUGACUUUUUGAUGGUUUCUAAAUGUUAUUUAGUAGGUUUUUGCCGUCGGUAGCGUCUCAUAUUAUCAAGAUCUCUGUGGAAAGUUUCUCUUUCCAUCCUGCGCGGUCGGCUUGCUGCAGCGUCCCCACCCAGCAGAGGAAAGAAGAAAUGUCAUCCAGGAGUAAAAAGAGGAAAAAGACGCCUCCGAUGGAUGCAGGGCAGAACAGCCAGGAAAAGCAACUGCAGGCUCUUCAAAACAGCAAGGAGGAAGGGUUCAGGACGAUGAAGAAGCUGCUGCUGGACGUGGACUGUGGCGUGGACGACGCUCAGGCCAUCAUGGUGGGGCUGGCCGACCCCAAUGUGGAGAUCCUGGGCAUCACCUGCGUGCACGGGAACACCACGGUGGAGAACGUGUGCAAGAACGUUCUGCGGGUUCUGCAGGCCUGCAAUAAGCUGGAGAUUCCGGUGUUUAAAGGUGCUGCUAAGUCCAUCCUUGGGAUCAAAGUCGGCGACGAAAACUUCCAYGGUCAGGAUGGCCUCGGAGAYGCCCCCGACGCCGGCGCUCCCGGUCUGGACCUGAUCCAGGAGGAGAACGCCGUGUCGGCCAUAGUCCGGAUCAUUAAUGAGAACCCUGGAGAGGUGUCGUUGGUUGCCACGGCGCCGCUCACCAACCUGGCUCUGGCUGUGAGGAUGGAUCCGACUCUGCCGGGCAAACUCAAAGGACUCUACAUCAUGGGAGGGAACACUGAGUCACGAGGGAACACCACAGUGUGUGGCGAGUUUAAUUUUGCAGCUGACCCAGAGGCAGCGUACGUCGUGCUGAACGAUUACCAGUGUGAAACUCACUUGGCGUGCUGGGAGUUCACCUGCUACAACCCGCUGACGUGGGACUUCUGCGACGCCUGGUUGGGUCAGGACAGCGACAAGGCUCGCUUCAUGGCCAAGAUCUUCCGCCACAGUAUGGAGGAGUCCAAGAAAGACGGCGGCUGCCUGGGUUCCACGGGCUUCAUUUCCUGUGACUCGUACGCCAUGGCGGCGGCGGUGGACGACUCGUUCGUCACAGAAAGCGAUCAUUAUCCAGUCACUGUUGAACUGGCAGGAACUCACACCAGAGGAAUGAUGAUAGUGGACACUCUGGGCCUGCUAAAGAAGACGCACAAAGCGUGCAUCAUGAAGAAAGUGGACAUGGAGAAGUUCAAAAAGAUGAUGAUGGCAGCUUUGAAAUGAUGUUUGCGAAUAGAGGGAACUUAGUUAACUUAGUUUCUUAGGUAGGUCAGAUGACACAGUGGUCCAGGUAAAAGCCUGACCAUUCACACCUGGUAUUGAAUUCCAUUAUGAAGUGUCAGAUCUCAGUCUUGGUGACCAAAAAGUGUAACUUCACCCGGUGUGUGGUCAGCCGAUCAUCGAACUGUAAAGGAGAUAUCUUACAAAACGCAGCACAGAAGGCAAAAUUAUAGAAACAGCUGGAACAAACACAAAAACUAUAACUGUAUAUAUGUCUAUAUGGGCUGCAAAAAGGUGAAAGGUCAAAAAGGUAAACUGACAUCGCUCACCUGCUUGAUGAUAUUAAUUAGGUUCUGAUCCGUACCCCUUGACAGUAGGCAAAGGUCUGAACGUAGACGGACUCUUUUAUGACCACAACAGACCAGAACAGCUUCCUCAUCACAGCUGACCACGGGAAUCUUUUGAUUACCUGCUUCAUCCUAGAAAUACUUAUAAAAACCUUGAACUCGUCGUAUUACAACCUGAAGGCAGCAGCGACUAGUUUUUUUUUUUUUUUUUUUUAGAAACUUUACGUACUGCUGUGGGUUUUUUUGUCUUUUGCUCACUUUUUUUUUUAAACAUCAGAGUAAUAACAGCUGCUUGAUGUGAGUCAGUUUGGUGCUUCUCGAUCACCUCAAACUUUGCUUCAAGAAAACAUUUUCUGUGCGUUAAAGAAUGAUUUUCUGACAUUUACUCACCGACACCAAACCAGGAGACAGCAGCACCGUUUCUAGCUACGGAGCGCUGCACACCUACUUUCCAACUUGACUCUCACUACCUCUGCUGGCACCUUGGAGGCAAAAGUCAUGAAUAACAUCGGGUGUCGCUUACCGCCGUCUUGUGUUGUUUCGGGCUUUUAUUAGGACAAUGAGGUGGCAUGAAGACGUUAUGGGCCUGCCUUGGAUAUAGAUUUGAAAGGGUCUUCAGCCUGAAGCUUUCAUAGAGGGCUUGUAACUUUUUAGUGUGCAUUUUAUAGAUUCAUGUUAAUUGAAAAUAAGUUAACUCCAGACCUCCAUGUGCCGCUACAUAAUAAUGAUAAUUUAAAAAUUCCUUGUCUGGAGGGGGAAUUAUGAUUUACUUGUUCCAGUUGUAGAAACUGUCAAGGGUUUGACCAUUGUGGUUAAACAUGAAUUGUUGACUUUCUAGACCACGGGUCCCCAAACUUUUUCCUGUGAGGGCCACAUAACUUUUCCCUUCUCUGGUGGGGGCCAGAGUCAGUUUGUAACAGA